CCGACUUGAGCGUGGAUAGUCCCGGAUGUUGGCUCUGCUGCCGAGCGAGAGGCGAAUCGGGGAGAAGGCAAGGCAGGCGUAGAGAGAGAGAAGCAGUGAAGGGACGCCACGGCACCGCAGGCACACCGGCAAACCUUCGGCGGCUCAUUACCCGGGACGACAAACGUUCGAGCGCGCGGGGGACACUCUCGGGGAUCCCGCCGGCCCACAGGAGGCAGACGGCGUCAGAUCGCGGGAGCAGUUAAGUGCAAAACUACCGCGAGGAUUACGGAGACCACCGUCAACAUCAGCUAUCUCUCACUACAGAGCGGAAGAGAAGGCAUCUACUUGGGGUGUAGUAAGUCGAUGAAGCGCUUGCUUAUCCUUUUUUGGAUUGCGGGUGAGCUGGAUCCGAUCCCAGCUGACCUUUGGCGAGAGAAGCCUGACUGGCCACGAGUCAAUUGCGAGGCACGCACUCGCAUUCCCACCUACUACUUGCUUCGGCGAAGACAGCUUGCUAAUGUCCUGAUCGGAGGGCCCAGACUUUAGCCAUCCCCCCUCACCUGCUCCUCUCCCCACCAGUCAGUGGAGCUCCAACAUAGACCGCCGGUUUAUCUCCAGGUUUUAGGGUUUACCCCCCCUCCCCCCUUCCCCGCUGCCCGGCCUGUCGUCAACAUGACGUCGGAGCUGGAAAGUAGCCUGACCUCCAUGGAUUGGCUUCCUCAGCUUACCAUGCAGGCGGCCAUCCGCAAGGGUGACGGCCAGCACGGCCACGGCCCCGGCAUGGGUAAGAAGAGCGCCCUCCUCGAUCCCAACACCACGCUGGACCAGGAAGAGGUGCAACAACACAAGGACGGCAAGCCGCCUUACAGCUACGCCAGCCUGAUUACGUUCGCCAUCAACAGCUCGCCAAAGAAGAAGAUGACGCUGAGCGAGAUCUACCAGUGGAUCUGUGAUAAUUUUCCCUACUACAGAGAGGCAGGAAGUGGCUGGAAGAACUCGAUACGGCACAAUCUGUCAUUGAACAAGUGUUUCCUCAAAGUGCCUCGCUCUAAGGAUGAUCCGGGAAAGGGUUCUUAUUGGGCUAUUGACACCAACCCAAAAGAGGACGCCUUGCCAACGCGACCCAAGAAGAGGCCGCGGUCUGGAGAGCGGGCUUCUACGCCAUACAGCCUGGAGUCGGAGUCUUUGGGGAUGGAGUGUAUGAUCUCUGGAAGUGCCUCUCCAACGCUGGCAAUCAACACUGUGACUAACAAGGUGGCACUCUACAACACGGACCAGGAAGGGAGCGACAGUCCGAGAAGCAGCCUUAACAACAGCCUGUCCGAUCAGAGCCUGGCCUCCGUCAAUCUCAACAGUGUGGGCAGCGUGCACAGCUACACGCCGGUGAGCAGUCACCCAGAACCCGUGUCUCAACCUCUGAGCCUCCAACAACCCCAGUCCCAGUACAACAUGCCCGACAGAGACAAGCAGGUCAUGUUCUCUGAAUUUGAAGAUCUCAGUGCCUCCUUCCGCAGCCUUUACAAGUCCGUUUUUGAGCAGUCCUUCAGCCAACAAGGCCUGAUGGGAAUACCGUCAGACACACCGCAGCAGACCCACACGUCCUGCUCCUAUCAGCACUCCCCCAGCGGCGCCAUCAGCACGCAGAACAACCUGUCCAACAACCAGCCCAACAGCCACUCCAACAACAGUGGCCAGGUCCCCCUCUCCCACCCGGCGCAAGCCCACCCCGGACACGGCUCCCCGCACACGCAGCACCUCCCGCAGCACGCCGGCCCGCACAACCAGCACGCGCAGCACGGCCAGCACCCGCAGCAGCACCCGUCCCACGGCCAGCACCCGCAACAGCACACGCCGCAUCCCGUCCAACACGCGCAGCACGGCCAACACCCGUCGCAGCAUCAGAGCCUCUCCCACCAGCCGCAUCCCGCCCAGCAGCAGAUGGCCUGCAAUCCAGGUUUACUUUCUGACUGGUACCCAAAUCUGGACGCACUGAAAGAAAGCUGCCGCAUUGCGAGCAGCUAUAACUGGGCGGAUGUGGACCUGUCACCUUUCCAAGGGUUGCGAGAGAGCAUGAGGCAGGCCGAGUUGAACAACUGGUCGCUGGAGCCCACACAGAUUGCCGACCUGUGCUCGUCCAUCAACCAGUUCUUCGCCCGCACCGGGGUCAUCCAGCCGCAGGGGACGGUGCAGCCGGCCGUCUGUCACGCGCCCAUGCACCCAAACAAACCCAGCCAGCACCUCGGCACAGGAAAUCUCUACAUGGACUCCAGACAGAGCAUGUCCAUGAUGGGGCCCCCGGGGUAUCCCCACAUGCCCCCCAUGAGCAGCGCGGGACCCACCAUGACUGGGCACCACGCUCAGAUGAACCAGCAGCACAUGAUGCCGAGCAGAAACUUCCAGAUUCAUCGCAUGCCGGCCGAUGACAUCCAGGAUGAUUUUGACUGGGACUCCAUUGUGUAGCCUCCUCCUCUCGUUUUUGUUGUAUUUUUUUGAAAACAAAAGGAGUAGAGAGCGAAGAGAGGAGGAGGUGGAAGCCAGAGGAAAUCAGGCUGGGCUAAAAUAAGGCCGUGGGAGGGGGAGGAGAUGGAGGAAGGAGGAAACCAACAACCCCCUACUCUCCUUCUCGGUGGGCGAACAUUAGGCGGAGUGCCGUGAAACAUUUUUACAUAACCAGAAAAAGACAAUCAUAUUAUUGGGACAGGAUCAAGUGUAUGUCUCCAGCUCGCCUCUCCCACCAUCCUAACCAGCGGCCUUCCAGAACCCCCCCCCCCAUUUUGCCCCGCUUUUAGCCAAGCCACUCCACCACUGUUCUGUGAUUUCAGCUUGUGAUUCUUCUUCUCGUGUUGGCCUCAGCUGCCUCGUGGAUGAAUUGAGCUAUCUCUUUUUUUAAAUAAUCUUUUUAUUGUUUUGUAAAAGAAACACAGGCGGCCUGUGUGAGUCAUGUGACGGCGGAAGAGUCCCCCCCCCCCCCUGUGGUUGGCUGGCAGAGACAGUUGGAUUAUGCUCGCUGAGGUUUUGAACAGGGUGUUUAAAAAAAAUACACGAAAAAGGUCUUCAGGCCUACUUUUAACUACCAUAGAAUGAAAACCAACCAAUGUGAUCGUACAAAGGAAUGUUUGGGAUACAUUGACAGAAAAAAAGUCAAAUUACAGGUAAAAAGUCAGCCGAAUGUUGCAAAAGUGUCUUGUUUAUUUUUCAUUUAAGUCAAUAUGAUGAGUGUGACAGCAGCAGGAUACCAAAUGUUAGUUUUUGUUUGUUUUUUUUAGUUUUAAAGCUGUAAUCACAUCCACAUCUGUCAUUUUUUCCAUCAAUGUUCCCUUUGGGGCAGUGAUUCCCAACCCGCUACUGUGAGCCAAUACACCUAUUAAAAAAAAAAUAAUAAUCUGAUGGCACACCCCCAAACAAAAAUGUCAUAAAUAGGAUAUAAACAUACUGAAAUAUUGUCUCGAUUUUUAUUCGUCCUUUUAUUUAAGGUUUGUGUUACAAUUGUGGAAGAACAUUAAUUGUUCAGCCUGUCACUAUACGUCACGGGCAUGACUAGACCAACAAAUGCACCGUUUUGGACCAAUUAAGUAAAAUUGGAUAAUGGCUCACCCUCACAGUAGUUGGGAAUCGCCGCUUUAGGGAUGGGCAUAGUCUUUAAUUUAUUCAUCUUUAAGGAUUGAUGGCCGAUUAGUUGUGUCUGGAGGUGAUGGAGACAAAAUGAAGUUGACUUUCUUGAUGCAAUGAGUAGAAAUGCUGUCUAUUACCAUCUAGGUCCACAUAAACGGUUUCCUUACUAGUGUCUGCCAUUUGUAUUGUUUGUUUUUUUAAUCAAUUAAUAGAAGGUUCAUUUUUCCUGUAGGCAGUCAAGGAAAUGCCCAUCCCUAAUUCCUUUUUAUAACUAGCAGCCUAUUGAUCAUUAAAGAUGUUGGUGACAACUUGGACAAGCAGUAUACUAAAAGUGAGAAGCUGAACAUUCGCAGUAUUUGUAAGAUGAAUACCGAAUCCUCUCAUAAAAUACCUUCAUGCAUUUUAAAGAUGAAUGCCUCGCAUUAGGCAGAAAAACAACUAGUCAUCUACUGCCUCUCCUUCAAUUUUGAUUUCCAAUCCCUUACUCAAAAAUAAACUAAAAUGUGAAAAAUUGAAAUUGCGCUACAGUCAAGCUUACCUUCAACUCACGGUUCAGAACAAACAUCAAUGUACGAAUAUCUGGCUCAGUGACGUCAGCUCAACUGAAUU